UCAGGUGGAGGCUUAUAUUUUAUCUGUUCAUGUUUACCUAUGGGAUCUGCUUUCUGUGGAAGUGCCCAUGGAUGUGGGAUACACACCACUGCUGGUACAACUACCCCUACCAGGUCCUGACUCCAGGCCUGUACCACUACUACGUGACUGAGCUGGGCUUCUACUGGUCUCUCAUGUUCUCUCAGUUUACUGACAUCAAACGCAAGGACUUCCCCAUCAUGUUCAUUCAUCACCUAGCAACAGUGAGCCUGAUCAGUUUUUCCUACGCUAACAACAUGCUACGUGUCGGGAGCCUGGUGAUGUGUGUCCACGACGCAUCAGACUUCCUACUGGAGGCAGCCAAACUGACCAACUACGCCAAGUACCAGCGCCUGUGUGACUUCCUGUUCGUUGUGUUUGCAGUAGUCUUCUUCAUCACAAGGCUUGUCCUCUACCCUCUAUGGAUCCUGAACACAACUUUGUUUGAGAGCUGGGAGAUGAUUGGUCCAUACCCUUCCUGGUGGCUCUUCAACUCCCUACUGCUGGUGCUACAGGUGCUACACGUCAUCUGGUCCUACCUCAUAGCCGGGAUCGCCUACAAGGCCUUGGUCAGAGGAAAGGUUUCUAAGGAUGACCGCAGCGACGUCGAGAGCAGCUCAGAGGAGGAGGUGGACACCAACGGUACCAAUAACAAGGGGGUUAAAAUGGCGUUCUCUCCUAAAGUAGAGAACGGCACCAACGGCCACGCCGUCGCCACUAUAACCUGGCCACAACAGAUACGUAGCAGCAGCAGUUGGUGACACAAGAAAGGAGGAGUCCGCUGUCAGAUUCACAGUAUAGGGCUGACCACUGAGUCCAAUAUGUCUGGCCUGGUUACACUGGGCAGCCACUAGUUGUCGGAACUGUGCUGGAAAGGACCAUGUCAAAGAGAAAGGAAAAUAUCUGAGCCAACACAGUACUAUUCAGGUCGGCCCUAUAGUGAGAUUCAGGCAUAUCUGAGCCAGCACAGUACUAUUCAGGCAUAUCUGAGCCAGCACAGUACUAUUCAGGCAUAUCUGAGCCAGCACAGUACUAUUCAGGCAUAUCUGAGCCAGCACAGUACUAUUCAGGCAUAUCUGAGCCAGCACAGUACUAUUCAGGUCGGCCCUAUAGUGAGAUUCAGGCAUAUCUGAGCCAACACAGUACUAUUCAGGUCGGCCCUAUAGUGAGAAUGUCUGUGAGACCUUUCCACUACUAGUUCAUCCUAUCCUACUCUACAUCUUGAAGUGCUUUUCCUCUCAUCCAGUUUCCUGGACGUUUGAAGUCCGUUUCUUCAUUCAACUCUGACUCUUAAUUAUACUGUACUGCACUGACAAUGAUCGGUGACUAUGACAACAGACGAUGAAUGAAUUGACAGACACCACCGUGACCCAUAGAAUCAAAACGGAUUACAUUUAACUGAUUAAAAACACUUGUUUCAAGUCUAUGGGCCUGUAGCUAUUUUCAUUCCAUUGUGUCCAUAGAAUGGGGUCUGACUGUAUUUUCAUUCCAUUGUGUCCAUAGAAUGGGGUCUGACUCUAUUUUCAUUCCAUUGUGUCCAUAGAAUGGGGUCUGACUGUAUUUUCGUUCCAUUGUGUCCAUAGAAUGGGGUCUGACUCUAUUUUCAUUCCAUUGUGUCCAUAUAAUGGGGUCUGACUGUAUUUUCAUUCCAUUUUCCAUAGAAUGGGGUCUGACUCUAUUUUCAUUCCACUGUCCAUAUAAUGGGGUCUGACUCUAUUUUCAUUCCAUUGUGUCCAUAGAAUGGGGUCUGACUCUAUUUUCAUUCCAUUGUGUCCAUAGAAUGGGGUCUGACUCUAUUUUCAUUCCAUUGUGUCCAUAUAAUGGGGUCUGACUCUAUUUUCGUUCCAUUUUGCAUAGAAUGGGGUCUGACUCUAUUUUAAUUCCAUUGUGUCCAUAGAAUGGGGUCUGACUGUAUUUUCAUUCCAUUGUGUCCAUAGAAUGGGGUCUGACUGUAUUUUCAUUCCAUUGUGUCCAUAGAAAGGGGUCUGACUGUAUUUUCAUUCCAUUGUGUCCAUAGAAUGGGGUCUGACUGUAUUUUCAUUCCAUUGUCCAUAGAAUGGGGUCUGACUGUAUUUUCAUUCCAUUGUUUCCAUAGAAUGGGGUCUGACUCUAUUUUUGUUCCAUUGUGUCCAUAUAAUGGGGUCUGACUGUAUUUUCAUUCCAUUUUCCAUAGAAUGGGGUCUGACUGUAUUUUCAUUCCACUGUCCAUAUAAUGUGGUCUUGACUCUAUUUUCAUUCCAUUGUGUCCAUAGAAUGGGGUCUGACUCUAUUUUCAUUCCAUUGUGUCCAUAUAAUGGGGUCUGACUCUAUUUUCGUUCCAUUUUCCAUAGAAUGGGGUCUGACUCUAUUUUCGUUCCAUUUUCCAUAGAAUGGGGUCUGACUCUAUUUUCGUUCCAUUGUCCAUAGAAUGGGGUCUGACUGUAUUUUCAUUCCAUUGUCCAUAGAAUGGGGUCUGACUGUAUUUUCAUUCCAUUGUCCAUAGAAUGGGGUCUGACUGUAUUUUCAUUCCAUUGUCCAUAUAAUGGGGUCUGACUGUAUUUUCAUUCCAUUGUCCAUAGAAUGGGGUCUGACUGUAUUUUCAUUCCAUUGUCCAUAUAAUGGGGUCUGACUGUAUUUUCAUUCCAUUGUCCAUAGAAUGGGGUCUGACUGUAUUUUCAUUCCAUUUUCCAUAUAAUGGGGUCUGACUGUAUUUUCAUUCCAUUGUGUCCAUAGAAUGGGGUCUGACUGUAUUUUCAUUCCAUUGUGUCCAUAGAAUGGGGUCUGACUGUAUUUUCAUUCCAUUGUGUCCAUAGAAUGGGGUCUGACUGUAUUUUCAUUCCAUUGUGUCCAUAUAAUGGGGUCUGACUGUAUUUUCAUUCCAUUGUCCAUAGAAUGGGGUCUGACUCUAUUUUCAUUCCAUUUUCCAUAGAAUGGGGUCUGACUGUAUUUUCAUUCCAUUGUGUCCAUAGAAUGGGGUCUGACUCUAUUUUCAUUCCAUUGUGUCCAUAUAAUGGGGUCUGACUCUAUUUUCGUUCCAUUUUCCAUAGAAUGGGGUCUUACUCUAUUUUCGUUCCAUUUUCCAUAGAAUGGGGUCUGACUCUAUUUUCGUUCCAUUGUCCAUAGAAUGGGGUCUGACUGUAUUUUCAUUCCAUUGUCCAUAGAAUGGGGUCUGACUGUAUUUUCAUUCCAUUGUCCAUAGAAUGGGGUCUGACUGUAUUUUCAUUCCAUUGUCCAUAUAAUGGGGUCUGACUGUAUUUUCAUUCCAUUGUCCAUAGAAUGGGGUCUGACUCUAUUUUCGUUCCAUUUUCCAUAUAAUGGGGUCUGACUGUAUUUUCAUUCCAUUGUGUCCAUAUAAUGGGGUCUGACUGUAUUUUCAUUCCAUUGUCCAUAGAAUGGGGUCUGACUGUAUUUUCAUUCCAUUGUCCAUAGAAUGGGGUCUGACUGUAUUUUCAUUCCAUUGUCCAUAGAAUGGGGUCUGACUGUAUUUUCAUUCCAUUGUGUCCAUAGAAUGGGGUCUGACUGUAUUUUCAUUCCAUUGUGUCCAUAGAAUGGGGUCUGACUGUAUUUUCAUUCCAUUGUGUCCAUAGAAUGGGGUCUGACUGUAUUUUCAUUCCAUUGUGUCCAUAGAAUGGGGUCUGACUGUAUUUUCAUUCCAUUGUGUCCAUAGAAUGGGGUCUGACUCUAUUUUCAUUCCAUUGUGUCCAUAGAAUGGGGUCUGACUCUAUUUUCAUUCCAUUGUGUCCAUAGAAUGGGGUCUGACUGUAUUUUCAUUCCAUUGUGUCCAUAGAAUGGGGUCUGACUCUAUUUUCAUUCCAUUGUGUCCAUAGAAUGGGGUCUGACUGUAUUUUCAUUCCAUCGUGUCCAUAGAAUGGGGUCUGACUGUAUUUUCAUUCCAUUGUGUCCAUAGAAUGGGGUCUGACUGUAUUUUCAUUCCAUUGUGUCCAUAGAAUGGGGUCUGACUCUAUUUUCAUUCCAUUGUGUCCAUAGAAUGGGGUCUGACUGUAUUUUCAUUCCAUUGUGUCCAUAGAAUGGGGUCUGACUGUAUUUUCAUUCCAUUGUGUCCAUAGAAUGGGGUCUGACUGUAUUUUCAUUCCAUUGUGUCCAUAGAAUGGGGUCUGACUGUAUUUUCAUUCCAUUGUGUCCAUAGAAUGGGGUCUGACUGUAUUUUCAUUCCAUUGUGUCCAUAGAAUGGGGUCUGACUGUAUUUUCAUUCCAUUGUGUCCAUAGAAUGGGGUCUGACUGUUUAAAUUCUUAUUCCACUUUUUAAUGUAAUGCAGCAGUUUGUUGGGGAGGAUGUUCUCUCCCUGUUUUGUCAGUUGAACUAAAGUUAUUACUGUAUAUAUAUAUUUUUUUUUAAAGAAAUAAACAAAUAAAUGUUUGUGAAA